AAUGUUACGUUAUCUUUAGGAGUACUCCAAUGUGAUAGUAUAUCAUUUUAUCAAUUAAAUUUUUGUAUUUUUAUCAAUUUUCGACAAUUCGACUUAACAAACGACAGUUGAAAUUUUUGACGACUUACGACUUGUGAAUGAAUCUCACUGCUGGAAUGUUGUCAUCUUACGUUUAUUCAUAUAAAAUAAAAUAAUACAAACACAUUAAAGUACUUAUAGAUUCGCAUAAUACUAUAAUAGUAAUAUAAUAAUAAACGUAUUAUUUAUGUACUAAGGUGUAUCUUAUAUAAUUCUCUGAUUAAAAUGUGUUGUUUAUUAGAAAAAAUGAUUUAGAAUGCUAAUCCAGUAUUCAAUUACUACCUAUCAUAGUUGUAAGCGUUGCACCUACUUCUGUUGGAAAAAUAGAACAAUAACAACUAUUUAAAAGUUGAAUCAUUCAAAUCUUGUUCAGAAGUUGAUUAGAGUUUCAACAAUGUACAUUUUAAACAAUUUCUACAAAGCAUUGCGAUUGUUUGUUCAAACCCAUGCGGAGCUAGACAUCGAUAUUAAAUUGCCAAUGUUGAAACAACAUAUAAACGGGCACAUCCGUUUCUAUUCAAUUAAGAACUUACAAAACCUUGUUGAGAAGUUAGUGGAGGACUUGAAAAUCGUUGAACGUUGUUCAUGGUCUUCAGAUUAUUUAUCAAUAUGGUUGAAAAAAGAAUUAUGGGUAUCCACAGUGAUGAAAGAAAUAUUAAUGUCUGGCUGUAAAUAUGGUAGCAAUGAUGAUCACAAAGGCACUGUAGUCUCAGUUAGCUCUGAUGAGUGUAAUGAUUCAGUUACAUGCUUACGUAUUGAAUUAUUGAAAGAGGCAAUUCAAAAUUUGGCUAAAAUAAAUGGCUAUAUAAUAGGAAAUGAUGGAUUGAAUUUAUUGUUGUCGAAAAAAAACAAUCCGAAUAACAGUAAUCUCGUAUUAUGUGGUAAUGUUGUUUGUAAUGUGAAUGUCAAAGAAUAUAAACAGCGAAAACAAGAAUCUGUUACUAAAAUGUCUGCUAACCGUAUUGAGUCUGAAGAAUAUCCGAUCGAUAUAAUUUCAAAACUAUGUCAUGCAUCAAUUGUCUAUGAAUUAUUGAGUGUCCGUCAUAAUAAAGUUAUUAAUACGGAAUGUGAUACUUCAAAUAAAGACAGCGGUAUUUUCAUAAUGUACAAUUAUUCAAGACUAUGUCAAGUAUGGAAAGCAUAUGAAAAUGGUGUUAUUGAAAAUUACUAUGAAUCUCUACCAGACAUUUGUUCUGUUAACUUUGGAUUGUUGACUAGUAAUGAAGAAUGGAUUUUAAUCCUUAACCAUCUAUCAAUGUAUCCUUUGGUUAUUCAACAAUCUGUCCAACAUUUAAUGUCAGCCAGUGUUGAUGUCCAUAGAUUGUGCAAGUUUUUAAUGGAAAUGUCAUCAGCCGUUAGUUUAUUUUAUCAUAGGCAUCACAUUUUAUCAGAUCCGAUUGCAAGUUUAUUACCAUUGAUGUACGCUCGAUUAUAUUUGGUCAAAACGUCAAUACAGGUGUAUGAAAAUGUUUUUCAAUUAUUAGGCAUUGAAGCUGUGCGUGAAAUGUAAAUGGUGUUGACCGAUCACCGAUGAAGACACUGAGGAAGACGAAAGCUAGCUAAUACUAACAUUGCUAACUAAAAUUGUUGUAAAAUAAUACUGUAUUUUUCAAACUUAACUUUCAUGUUAUAAUAUAAUGACUUUUUUACUCAAUUUUUCAUGUUAAAAUACCAAAAAAAAAUAUGAAAUCGUUUUUUAAUAUUUUAA